AUGUCUUUUCAGCUGCAUGGGAAAAAAGAUGUACGGAUUGUGAGUGAUCUUUCAAGGUUCGAGUUCGAAAGUCCCACUCCUAGAAACCGAUCUAGAAAUACUACACCCACUUCACUAGACGAAAAACCUUCGGUUAUAGAUUUGGAUCAUGAGUUUAAGCCCAAGAACACCACCGAUCUCCCAUCUUCAUUUUUUGACAGUGAUAUUGCUCCUCCCGAUCCAGGACCUCGAAGUCGAAGAACGUUACUCGAAAUUGCUGAAGCAAACAAUGCCUUGCCUAAGGUAAGAGACAAUAAUAUCGACUAUUCAGACAUUUACCAGUAUUAUGAGAAAGAAUCAAAUGCUUCGUUUGCUGCUGAACCUUCCCGAAAUCCUGACUUUGCUCCUUAUCCCAGUUCUAUCAAAGGAGGCCAUCUGGGAAACGCUCCCCCGUUGACAAUUCCCACUGCCUCCAAUGAAUACAAUAAUCUGAAGACUCCCUUCACCAACCAAACAUCAAUGCCUUCGGCUGCCACACCCCAAUUCACAAAUAAUGGCUUCUCUAAUGCUCAUAACUAUAAAGACAAGGACCUCCCUCCCAUCAUGGACCCAACUCAGUACUACCAGCACAAUCAUAAUGGAAGUUCCCUUAUCAAAUCUAUCGAUGCAAACAGUAUGACAUCCAAACAAAAGUUGAUGGAGGAUCAUUUAGUCAAGCUGGUAAUGCACAGGCCAUUGUUCAAGAUCCCAGCCCGUAAAUUAUUGAAAAAUGAUGACUUUUACGAAGAAAAGGAUAUCACCAUAACCCUUAAUUUUGUCUUAUACUUCUUUGAAAUGAUUGUUUCCAUAAUUAUCGUCACUCUAUCUUCAGUUCUCCUCAAUACUGAUGAUAAUAUAUCGGUUGGAAUCUACAGGUUCUUUAUUGCUGAUUCAUCCAUAGCUUUGAUUGUGUCACUUCUUUUCAUCUCCACAUUAAUUAACUUCGAGAAGAGAAACGGAAGCUUCUAUGUCACGGUGUCGUUAAUCUUGUCCUUUGUAUCAUUUGUCAUCACUAUCAGCACCAUCCUUCCCAGUGAUAGCUGUGCUACAUCUUCAAUUUGUAGCGUGAGGAAAGCUAAUAGUGCAUUUAUAAUCAUAUCGAUGUUUCUAUGGUUAUGUGACUUGGUUCUGUUCUUGACUAUCUUAUACAUCUCAAGAAUGAAUCUCUUGACUGAUUUGAACUUUGACUUUGCUGACAAGGGUUUACAGGCUGAAUAUAAUGCUUCUGUAUCAAGUGGGUAUAAUGAGAAGGACAAUGAUUUGAUAGAUCCCACUAGCGGACAACCUCUAAGAGAAUAUUACUUGAAUGAAAUGGGGGAAAUGUUUGAAAUGACUAACGACUUUGAUGUUAGAGGCAAAACCAAAAUAAUAGUGUAUACUAUAUAG